GCCGCGCGGGGCGGACUCGGGGCAGACGCGGGGUGCGGGACGGACACGGGGACGGACGCGGGACAGAACCCGGCGCCAUGGCCGGGGUCGCGAUGGCCGAGCGGGGCCGCGCACCGCCACCCGUGCCACCUGCACCCGGCACGGAGGGGCUGCCGCGCGCCUUCCUGCAGAGCCUGCGAACCCUCUUCGACAUCCUGGACGACCGGCGGCGCGGCUGCGUGCACCUGCGCGAGAUCGAGUCCCGCUGGCAGGGCGCCGACGCCCGCGAGCUGCCCCGCGGCGUGCUCGAGGGCCUGCGCCGGGCGGCCCCGGCCAGCGGCUACCUGACCUUCGAGCGCUUCGUGGCCGGCCUGCGCACCUCGCUGCCGAGCCCCGACGGCGGCCCGCGGGGCCCCGCGCACGCUCCGGCCCGGCCCGGGGACCCGCCGCCGCCACCGCAGCGCCUGGUGUUCGCGCCGGCAGACGAGCCACGGACUGUGCUGGAGAGGAAGCCCCUGCCCCUGGGCGCGCGCCCCCCGCCGACCGGCCCCCGCGGCGCGGCCCGGAGCCCAGAGAAGCUGUGCGGCCCGGCCGAGGCGGCGCCCUGCCCCGCGGAGCCCGAGCGGCCGCACAGCGCGGCACUGGAGCGGAGCCCGAGCGCGGACGCUGGUGCAGUGGCCUGCAGGGCCGCGGAGGUAGGCUUGGGGGAUGCACGGCGGGCGCCCCGCCCCCGAGGGGAACGUCGAAGGCACACCAUCACCAACGGCGUGGACUGUGGCCUGCUGAAGCAGCUGAAGGAGCUGGAGCAGGAGAGGGAGGUGCUCCUACAGGGCCUGGAGAUGAUGGCUCGGGGCCGCGACUGGUACCAGCAGCAGCUGCAGCGAGUGCAGGAGCGCCAGCGCCGCCUGGGCCAGAGCAGAGCCAGCGCGGAUUUUGGAGCUGUGGGAAGCCCUCGCCCACUGGGACAGCUGCUGCCCAAGGUACAGGAGGUGGCCCAGUGCCUGGGGGAGCUGCUGGCUGCGGCCUGUGCCGGCCGGGCUCUGCCCACAUCGUCCCUGGGGCUCCCGUGCCCUGCCCUGGGCCCCGCCUCGCCCCCGGCCCCCGGCUGGCAGCAGCAGACCAUCCUCAUGCUGAAGGAGCAGAACCGGCUCCUCACCCAGGAGGUGACCGACAAGAGUGAGCGCAUCACCCAGCUGGAGCAGGAGAAGUCCGCCCUCAUCAAGCAGCUGUUUGAGGCGCGUGCCCUGAGCCAGCAGGGCGCUGGGCCUCUGGACUCCACCUUCAUCUAGCCACUGUGAGCAGACCCCGGCCCCUCGGGGCCCGGCGUGGCCUGAGCCCAGCGGGCAGCCCCUUGGCUCCAGCCUCUCUGGCUGAAGACCACUCUGCCAGCCUGGACACAGCCCUCGAAUGGGCGUCCUCCCUCCGCCCUUGCCAUCUGGGCUACCUGAGGCCUGUCCCAGGCGGAGCCCCCAGACUGGCCUGCGUGCCCAGACUGACUUGGUUCUGGCCUCGGGCUCUGAGCUGGGUGGUGCUCUGUUGUCCUGGCACAGCCUGAAGCUGCUACUACCACUGUCAGUGGACAGUGGGUGACCCCUCCUGGUGUUUACCAGAUCUCAGGCAGUCCUGGGCAGGGCGGAGCUGUGGUAGCCCUGCGCCCACGUGUACAGCCGUCCCGUCCCGUCCUGUCCCAUCCUGUCCUGUCCCAUCCUGUUCUGUCCUGUCCUGUCGCGGCAGGGCCUGGUCUUAGUGAAGGGUACCUGCCACACCAGGCUGCACUUCCGUCGGCGGCCAGCAGAGGGCGUCAGGCGAGCACAGUCCACCUGCCCCAGGGCACCGCCCCCCCCCAGGCAUGGGGUGGGUGCGGCCGCGGGCCCUGGGCGUGGUGGGGGACCUGUGGCUGUGGCACCCAGGCAGGCAAGGGGCCCAAGGGCAGCUUCCUUCCCUCAACCAAGGGCACCAAGACAGGUUGGCUGUUGCUCAGAUGGAGCAGAUGGUGGGGGCCGGGGCACUGCCUCUCAGAGGAGGGCUCUGCCUGUGCCCGCUGGGUGGGGGGAGCGACAGGGCUGCCAGUCAGGGUUCCUGUGUGGCCACAGCCAGAACAGACCAGGCAUGCUCCUGGAGUGGGGCCCAGAGCUUAGCCUGCUUUCACCCUCCCUACAGACCCCAGACCCUAAAGUGACCCGUCUUCAUCCCUCCCAUGCAGGACUCUGCCCAGCUGAGCCCCACAGAGCAAACUGUGACCCAGCCUCUGGGCCUUGGACCUGCCGGGCAGCUUGGCCUGGGUGGGCUGGUGGUCACCAGGGUGGCUGGGGUGUGCCCCUGCCAGGGAGGACCCUGCCCCCAGAAGGUGUGUCAGCCGGGGCCCACCCCAAAGCAUUCAAAGUUACCAGGGUCUAGGGACCUCAUACCUCCAUCCCGCCACACCCAGCUUGGCCCCAGGUUUGGGCGCCAGGUUCCCUUCAGCCACAGAAAAGCAGGACCACAGGGCACAGGGAGAGGCUGGGGGGGCCUCUGUCACUCCCUGCCCUGGCCCUUCCCUCUGGGGGGCCCUGCUCAGCCUGGCCUAGAGGGGCCGUGCCAAGAGCCAAGGGCACAGCAGCAUCACAGGUGGGUGUGCGGCCCAGGGUCCCCAGCGCAGGGCGUCGGUGUAUGUGAGUGCAGGGACCCCGAGUGCCCAGCGCAGUUGGGCAUGCAGCCCCAGGGGCAGCCCGUCUCACAUGAGGGCCCGGCAGGUGCAGCAGCAGCUCCCUCUGGGCCCAGCGGUGCACCAUUCUGCAGGUAGCAGCCUGCAGCGUCACUUCCCUGCUGUGCUGGUCCUGCUGGUGUGUCCCAGGGGGGGCCCAAGUCAGCCCAGGGGCAGCCACCUUCCUCUGAGGAUAGGAGUGGGUUGUCCUGGGGACCUAAGCUAGCCCAGGCCUACACCUCCGGGCAGGAAAGGGUGGGCUUGUGGUGCAGUGGUUAGGCCAGCACCAGCCAGGGAGAAACCCUCCUUGCCCAUGUCCCUCAAGUCCACGGAGUCUGCCCCUGAGGGUGUCAGCCGUGCCCUGGGGAUUCUGCACCCCAACAUCUUCACAGAACUGCAGGCCGGGGACAGAGCACAGCGUCUGCCCCAGGGUGAUGUCCACUGGACCCCCCCCCAGGAAGCUGGGCCGUGCAGCGGAAGGGUGAACGGGAAACAAUCCAGUGCCUCUCCUGGCUUUGGUGUCCAUGUGGGGUGAAAACAGUAGAUUCCCCAAGUUUGCAGCCUGAAAUCAGACUGCUGCGUGUGUAGCCCCAGAGACCUCGAGGGCAGAAUUUAAAGUGGUCCCAGACCAGCCGAGCCCAGGCCACCUGCAGAAGCCAAUGCAGGUCCUCUGGAGCCCAGCCCUGGUGAAGUCUGGGACAGGAAGGUCUCCGUGGAGGAGGCUGUUGGUCAUUUCAGCAGGGGGGCGGCAUCCCUGGCCUCUGUCCACGAGAUGCCAGUAGGGUGCGCGCACCAGCACACAAACACACUCAGUCGUGACCAUAAGAAAUGUCGCCAGACGUUGCUAUGUGUCCUUGAGGGGGCAAAAAUCACCCCUGGCCGAGAAUCUGCUCUGAGGGAACAGGUUCGUCAGGCCUGAGCGUUUCCUGAUGAUAAAUAAGUCCCAGAGAAAAUGAGCAUCAGUUAAAAAAAACUUGCAAACACAUGGAAAUGAUACACCGCGAGAGCCAGCAGGGACAGCAGGUGGAAUCUGUGGACACUCAGAUGCCGGAUUAUCAGAGAGGAUAUAAACAAUAUUUUCUGUAUCUAAAGAAAUAAAAGAUUCUUGGAAAUAUGAA